AUGAGCGGGGCUGGCCGCAAGCAUCGUGCGAAGCACCUCACCCAGCAGUACCUCGACACAUCUGGAUGGGUAGGCCCCAAAGAGGGCGAGGCGCUGGCGAUCUGCCUGGAGGCACCGCAUGGGCAACACGUACGCGUUCUACUCCUAGCGCACUCAAGCAGUGCGGCCGCACACUUUCCUUCUGAGGCCUCAGUGCCGCAUGGCAGCAGCUCGCACGAUGCCCCACAUGGCGCGAAGGAGUCGGAGGCGAAUGUCUCCGCUUCACCAUCUACGGCGCCUUUCCACGAAGUCGAGAAAGUCGUACAUUUGCCCAGGAAAUUCCACAAGGUCAUUUGGCUCAGCAUUAAAGAUGUUGUAGUCAUCGCAGACGGCGCCGUGAGCUUUAAGCCGUCUCCUGAGCAGGUGGAGAACUUCCUCAAGGAUCCAAGGAACGAAGGGUGGCGCGAGCGCGUGGUGGUGGCGCAGCACCGCGCUGAGAACCAGCGCGUUGCCCUGCAGCGUAUGCCGCAGUACUCUGCCACGGCGCGGACGACGACAUCGGUGCUAACCCACCCGCAAGUCCGUUCAGGCGUGCGCAUGGCCGCUGACGGCGCGUCGGAGCAGGACGGCGAGGGAAGCGAGGGUGAGGCAGAUGGCGUGUACAAUCCGAACUGGCGCAACAUUAAACACCAGCAACAGUUUUUCUUCGGCCUUGGCGACGACAGCGACGAGGAAGUCGAAGAAGAGGAGGACUCAUAA